GCGGGACUUGAGCGAUCAGCUGCAGAAUGAACUAGAAAAGCGAUCGGCUUCGGAGAUGCUAUAACUGUUCCUGAAACGGAAAGGAUUUGGAGGCUGUUUACCACCAAACGCGAUCUUAUAAAGAGGGAUGUGCCGCUCGUGGCCGCUCGUGUCCGUGCUGGUGCUGUGCUCGCUCCUGUCUGUGGGGACGGUGAGGACGGCACCCUGUCAGACCUGCCGCACACUCACCGACCGCUUCAUCAAGGGUUUGGAGCGGACAGCCAAUAAGAACUUCGGAGGAGGGAACACAGCUUGGGAAGAGGAGAAGCUGGCCAAAUAUGCGCGCAGUGAAACGCGUCUGCUAGAGAUCGUAGAGGCUGUAUGUGAUAAGUCUGACUUUGACUGCAACAGGCUGCUGGAGCAGAUAGAGGACCAGGUGGAGACGUGGUGGUUUCACAGACAGCAGGAGGCUCCAGACCUGUUCGACUGGCUGUGCAUUGAGGAGCUCAGACUGUGCUGCCCACCUGGACACUACGGGCCUGAAUGUGCAGAGUGUCCGUCUGGUGCUGGAGGAGUGUGUGGAGGUCUGGGCCGCUGUGAGGGUGAAGGCACACGUCUGGGAGAUGGAGACUGUGUUUGUGACCCGGGAUACUCGGGCGUCCUGUGUCAGGACUGUGCUGACGGAUACUACAGAGAGAAGAGCUCCAACCACACACAGCCACCCUGCUCAGCUUGCCAUCAUUCCUGUAAAAAGUGCACAGGUCCACAGGACAACAGGUGUCUGGACUGUAAGCCUGGAUGGAUCCUUCACAGCAGCAAGUGUGUUGAUGUGGAUGAAUGCGGCACUGAAUUAGCACGUUGUCCAUCCAACACGUACUGCUUCAACACAGAUGGCUCUUAUGAGUGCAGAGGCUGUGAUCAGGCGUGUGUGGGCUGUAUGGGAAGUGGACCUGCUCGCUGUAAGAAGUGUGCUCGAGGUUUCAGACUCACCGGAGCAAAGUGUCUGGACAUCGAUGAGUGUUCAGAGAGAGCCAUCGCCUGUCCUGGACUCAAUGAAGCUUGUAUAAAUGAGGAGGGCUCAUUCCGCUGCGAGUGUGCAGAGGGAUUCAUUCGACGGGACAGCAUCUGUGUGGAGAAUCUGCCACCGACGGGGCCAGAGAAGGGCUUGUUUGAUGACAUGACGGAUGACGAGGUGCUCGUGCUCCAGCAGAUGUUCUUCGGCGUGGUGAUCUGUGCUCUCGCUACUCUAGCUGCCAAAGGAGACAUGGUCUUCACGGCCAUCUUCAUCGGAGGAGUGGCUGCCAUGGCAGGAUACUGGAUCUCAGAGAAGGGUGACCGCGUGCUGGACGGCUUUCUUAAAGGACGCUAAUGAACCGGACGCUGAGAGACUUCAACAGGGUGAUGCCACUGAAACAUGAAGCUAUGGGUUUGGCGACCUCCAUGGAUCUGGGAAUGCAUGUCAAUCAGGGACGUUUAGCACUGGGCCGGAGUGGCAGCAGCAACACUGCUGUUUAAAGCUCUGUGGAUGAUGAUGAUGAUGAUCGGCUCAUUUAUAACACUGUGUUUCAACAGUUCAGCUGCUGCUGUAUUUAGGAGACUCACACAGUUAGUAGUGGAAAUGCUUGGCCAAACCCAAAGAGACAUACUGUACACAGCCCAUUCAGGCAGAGGUACUGUACAUACUGGUAUGGACAUGUUGGCAUUAUGCACAUUUAUACAUGGAUACUCUGUUCAUUAUUUCCUAAUCUGUCUAAAUGCAUAAAACAAUUUAUUUGAAAGAUUUCGGAAGUGACACAAAGGACGCUCCGAAAGUCAUGUUGUUUGGGCGUGAAUGCAUGAAUGCAGAGCUGUCACAGAAGACGUCUCUCAAACCAGGGCUGUGUGUGAAAGUAGGGUCUUGAAUACGUAUGGCAAAUCAAUUUCAACAGGGUCCCCACACUCUUUGAUCAGUGCAUUUCCAUUAACACUGGAUAAGGGUUUUUUUUAUAUUAGUUUGGGAGCUCUGUCUGCCUAGCACAACUAGAAAAUGUAUAUUGGUAAUAGAGAUGUCCGUGACUUAUAAGAUUUUAUUCAAUAUCAUGACCAGGAAUGCACUGAUGCAAAUUUUUCUAGGUUUUCUCUGGCUGUGGGACCCCUGUUUUAAAUAUGCAACCGGUAGAAUACAGUAAUGAAUGUGAUUCACUGUCUCACUGAGUGUACUUUACCUGCAGAUUCAACAUGUGUGGCCUUCCAGUCAUUUGUUUCACUGAAGUUUUUGGUUUCAGCACAGGUAGCUUUAAUGCAUUGAUAAUAUCAUGUCUGCAUGCUUUACCUUCUUCUUUAGAUGAAAAUGUGUAAAUGUGUCAUCUAUUUAUUUUGUUUGUCAUAUUUAUUAUGUCCAAUGUGAAUAUGCCCUAUAACGACAGACAGAGACGUGGGCAAGAUUUCUGCCAGCCUUAAUGUGAAUUAUGUUUUGAGUUGUCUUGUCACCUGUUGGUAGCAUGGAGGACAUUAUAAUUUCAUUAAAAACCCAUUUAAAUAA